UGGUGGGAACCUGAUGUGGCAGAGGGGCCGCUGCUGCCAACAGGGAGCGGAGGGCCCGCGAGCCGAGUGCUGGAGACACUGCCGCCAUCCUGUUUGCCUGUCCAGCAGCCCACUUGACACGCUCCUCUCCUAAGGAUCCUCCCUCUCAGCUCUUGCAAGCACCUGGCUCGUCGUCUGCUGGUCCUCCUUUGACACAGGCUCACCGCGGAGGCAGCAGCGAGGCAUGAAGACCCCGCUCAGAAAAGCAGCUGCAGGGCAGCGGUCCAGGACAGGCGCAGGACAUGCCAGUUUGUCUGUGACCGUGAUGAAGAGAAAGGCUGCACACAAGAAACAUAGGAGCAGACCCACUUCCCAGCAUCGGAGGAACAUCGUAGGCUGCAGAAUUCGGCACGGAUGGAAAGACGGAGAUGAACCUCUAACACAGUGGAAGGGAACCGUUCUGGAUCAGGUACCUGUAAAUCCCUCUCUGUAUCUUAUCAAAUAUGAUGGAUUUGACUGUGUUUAUGGAUUAGAACUUCACAGAGAUGAAAGAGUGUCAUCACUUGAAAUCCUUCCUAAUAGAGUUGCAUCAUCUAGAAUCAGUGAUACACACUUAACAGAAAUUAUGAUUGGCAAAGCAGUGGAACAUAUUUUUGAGACAGAAGAAGGUUCCAAAAAUGAAUGGAGGGGGAUGGUCUUAGCUCAGGCACCUGUCAUGAACACAUGGUUUUACAUUACCUAUGAGAAAGAUCCUGUAUUAUAUAUGUACCAGCUCUUAGAUGAUUAUAAAGACGGUGACCUACACAUCCUUGCAGAUUCCAGUGAUUCUCCUCUCGCAGAGAGGGAGCCAGGAGAAGUCAUAGACAGCCUAGUAGGCAAACAGGUGGAAUAUGCCAAGGAGGAUGGCUCCAAGAGAACUGGCAUGGUCAUUCAUCAGGUGGAAGCAAAACCCUCUGUGUACUUCAUCAAAUUUGAUGAUGAUUUCCAUAUCUAUGUCUAUGAUUUGGUAAAAACAUCUUAGAGGUCAUUUUGAAAUUUGCCAAAUAUAUGAGACUGUUUGUAAAAUCUGAACACACAAGAAGUCUUGAUUGCUUUACAGUUUGUAAGAACCAUAUUCUCCCCCCUUUUUCACACUUUAGUCUGGCAAAAAAUUGGAACUUCCACCCUCUCAGACAUUUUUUGACGAAACCUUUUGCCUUUAUCUCCAACCGUUUUACUGGUUCCUCCCCACAGAAGAAUGAUUGACUUAUCUAAUUAGUGAGAGGGGUAAAGUCUGACAUCCAUUGGCCCAUAUUUUUAUCUUGGGUGGUGUUAAUAGGCUAAAGGUAGCUGAACACCUCUUGCCUCAUUCUUUUGGGCAUUUGGACAAUAUGCACUCACUGAAGUGUGAAGCUUCCUGAGAUAUUCAAUGUGGCUGGCUGGGUAAAUUUCUUUCCAAUUCAACCCUCCCCUUAGGGCUGGCUGGGUUAGUGUCUUUGCAAUUCAACCCCUCCCCUUCAAAAGUCUAAUAUGAGGAGGAAUGGGAAGCUUAUUUUGGUCUUCUAAGUUGCAUUUUAAAUUCUAACUGUACUGAAAGUAAGGCUAAUAUUUUGUUCCCUUUCUGAUUCUUGUACCUAUUACUAAACUUGGUUUGGAAAUUAAGAGGGUAAUUAUUUUGCAUUUUAGUACAUAAGCAUAGGCUGAGAAAGCUUACAAAAUUGUUAAGAGGGCAAGCAUUUGGGAACCAAACCGCAAAUGGAGAAAUCAUGGUUGGUCAUUAAUGGCAUUAGGAUUUCUGUUGUCUACAAUAGCUCUGGCUGGUACCUGCAGACAAGGAGUGGGUUUUUACACACAAAGGCUGUGCAGGCAGACUUUAGCACAAUUGGGUUUUGCCAGCCCAGUAGAGCAUUAGGCUGGGCUCUAGCUCUAGUCCUCAGUCACAGGAUAAAUUGCCAGGUUUGGCAAGGGUUGGCAGAUCUGUCUAGGACCUCAAUAUAAAGGAGCAAAAAUCUGGAAUCAGGCUGAGAUACAGAUUUCUCUCCUAUACCAAGAGGGAUGCUUUGAAAAAUUUUAAAUUAGGUUUUCAUUUGAUUCUUAGAAGACUUCUGAGUCCCAGCAUAUGAGGUGGGCAAUGCACUUGCUAGAACUAAGAAAAGCUGAAAAUAGGCUUUGCUUCCUUGUAGGAACUGGUGAGCUCAUUUAUUCUGGUGUCCUAACAGGAUUGAGGAACACAGAGAUUAGAAUCAGUGCUAGAUGAUCAAUAGACUUAAUGAUGUUCUAAGUGCUUAAUAAUGUUUUAAAUGCUGUCAUUGGUAGAGAGAAAUCUAAUAGAUAUUUGUUAGUGUUUUGUUUUUCAACUUUAUCCUGUUUCUUGGCUGGACCUAAGAAACUCAUGGGCAGAUAAGGGUAAGACCUACUUCAGCAGAAAAAUAAGUAAUGGAGUGGGCCUUGUACCUUCCAUUAUUGAAGGCAUUAGUGAAGGUUAACUUUGGAAAGUUAACUAGGAAAGAAAAGGUUGAAAAAUAAGCAGGGUUUUGGAGAGAAGCACCCAGCCAAAGCCAAUGCAUUCUCACUGGGUUUCUGAUAGAAGCUCCAUUAGCAGUAACAGACAGGCCAUGGACUUCUGCAUAUUUGGGGCUGGGACUCAUGACAGUACAAUCAACCACUUGGGAAAUAUCUUCCAAAUUAGUUUAAGUUCACAGAUCAUGGAGUCCAGACUACUGGCACAGACAGACUGGCAUCCUGCUGAGGAUGAAACCAAGAAAGUAUUCUCUUCUCCCAAGUUUUCUCUGUCUAUGUUUCUUCCUUUUGAUGCCACUAAGUCUCUGCUCAGAUAUUUGACUGACGACAGCAAUGUGGGUCUGUAUUACCCUAUUUACUAAGUCGUGGGGACAUAAAUUUGCUUGAGAUAUCUGUUUUAGAGGCUGAGGAUUAGUGUGCUUGCUAAGUUUGGGGAUAUGAGGCUGACACUGUGAUAAUCUUAUGUCCUGUGGACUCUUAAUGUAUGACAUAUAUGUAUGACAUGCAAUUGUGGGGUUAGAUUAAUUCAACUCCUGAAGUUCUGAAGGAACUACACCAAAUCAAGAGGAAGACAGCCCAGGCUACAGCUGAUGAAGGAACCCCAUAUCUGUCCA